AGGUACUACGGGGGAGCCGAGGUGGUGGACCAGAUCGAGCUGCUGUGUGAGCAGCGUGCUCUGGAGGCGUUCGACCUGGAUCCCGCCCGCUGGGGCGUCAACGUUCAGCCCUACUCGGGGUCUCCGGCCAACUUUGCAGCCUACACAGCCCUGCUGCAGCCGCACGACCGCCUCCUGGGGCUGGAACUGCCUGAUGGNNGCAGCCUCACACACGGGUACAUGUCAGACGUGAAGAGAAUCUCAGCAACAUCCAUCUUCUUCGAGUCCAUGCCCUACAAACUUAAUCCAGCCACGGGGCUGAUUGACUAUGAUCAGCUGGAGGUGACAGCUCGGCUCUUCCGUCCUCGCCUCAUCAUUGCUGGCACCAGCGCGUACGCCCGCCUCAUCGACUACGCUCGCAUGAAGAAGGUGUGUGAGGAGGUGAAGGCAUACCUGCUGGCAGACAUGGCUCACAUCAGCGGGUUGGUGGCAGCCAAGGCCAUCCCUUCGCCCUUCGAGCACGCGGCCGUGGUCACCAGCACCACGCACCAGCUCUUGCUCCCCACCAGGUCGGGACUGAUCUUCUACCGCAAGGGUGUGCGCUCAGUGGAUAAGAAGACAGGCAAGGAGAUGCUCUACGACCUGGAGGACAGGAUCAACUUUGCUGUCUUCCCCUCCCUACAAGGGGGACCACACAACCACGCCAUCGCUGCUGUGGCUGUGGCCCUCAAACAGGCGAGCUCACCAGCUUUCCACCAGUACUGCCAGCAAGUGCUGAAGAACGCCAAAGCCAUGGCGCAGGCCCUGCUGCAGCGUGGGUACACCCUGGUGUCAGGCGGCACCGACAACCACUUGGUGCUGGUGGACCUGCGGCCCAAGGGCAUCGACGGUGCCCGGGCUGAGCGUGUGCUGGAGCUCGUUUCCAUCACGGCCAACAAGAAAACGAGCCCAGGGGACAAGAGUGCGCUCACACCAGGGGGGCUGCGCCUGGGGGCCCCUGCACUGACAUCCCGCCACUUCCACGAGGAGGAUUUCCAGAAGGUCGUGGCUUUCAUCGACGAGGGCAUCACGCUGGCCCUGGAUGUCAAGAGCAAAACCAGCAAGCUCCAGGAGUUCAAGAUGUUCUUGCUGCAGGACGCGGAGACGCAGCAGCGCUUGGCUGCCCUGCGCCAGCGCGUGGAGACCUUUGCUCGUGCCUUCCCCAUGCCCGGCUUCUGUGACCGCUGA